AUGCAGUCUAAGCAUCUAAACAGAUCAAGUUCUGGGAAAAAUGAGGAAAAGAAAGGGAAUAAAGGAAAUGGGAAAGGUGACUCUGAAGGUGGAAAGACAGCAGUGGUGUUUUCCUUGAAGAAUGAAGUUGGUGGAUUGGUGAAAGCCCUUCGACUCUUCCAGGAAAAACAUGUGAGUAUGGUUCAUAUUGAAUCACGAAAAUCAAAGAGAAGGAAUUCAGAGGUGGAAAUUUUUGUGGACUGCGACUGCAGUAAGAAAGAAUUUAAUGACCUAAUCCAGUUGCUCAAGUUUCAAACUAAUAUUGUAUCUCUCAAUCCACCAGAAAACAUCUGGACUGAUGAAGAAGAUCUCGACUGUGUCCCUUGGUUCCCCAGGAAGAUAUCUGAAUUAGACAAAUGCUCACAGAGAGUUUUGAUGUAUGGAUCUGAACUGGACGCAGAUCACCCUGGAUUUAAAGACAAUGUCUAUCGACAGAGAAGAAAGUACUUUGUGGAUGUUGCCAUGAGCUAUAAAUAUGGUCAACCUAUUCCCAGAAUAGAGUACACAGCUGAAGAAGUUAAAACGUGGGGGGUGGUCUUUAGGGAACUCAGUAAACUCUAUCCAACUCAUGCUUGUCAUGAAUAUCUAAAAAACUUUCCUCUGCUGACCAAGUACUGUGGAUACAGAGAGGAUAAUGUGCCUCAGUUGGAAGAUGUUUCUGUUUUUCUUAAAGAAAGGUCUGGCUUCACAGUGAGACCAGUUGCUGGAUACCUGUCUCCCAGAGAUUUUUUAGCUGGCUUAGCAUAUAGAGUUUUUCACUGCACCCAGUACAUACGACAUGGCUCAGAUCCUCUCUACACACCAGAACCGGAUACGUGCCAUGAACUCUUGGGACAUGUGCCUCUACUUGCUGAUCCCAAGUUUGCACAGUUUUCCCAAGAGAUAGGACUUGCUUCACUGGGAGCAUCCGAUGAAGAUGUUCAGAAAUUAGCCACUUGUUAUUUUUUUACAAUUGAAUUUGGCCUUUGCAAGCAAGAAGGACAACUACGUGCUUAUGGGGCAGGACUUCUGUCUUCUAUUGGAGAAUUAAAGCAUGCUCUCUCUGACAAGGCCAAUGUGAAAACAUUUGAUCCAAAGACAACCUGUUUGCAAGAAUGCCUUAUCACUACUUUUCAGGAAGCUUACUUUGUUUCAGAAAGUUUUGAAGAAGCCAAAGAAAAGAUGAGGGACUUCGCCAAAUCAAUCAAUCGUCCCUUCUCUGUAUAUUUCAAUCCAUAUACACAAAGCAUUGAGAUUUUGAAGGAUACCAGGAGUAUAGAACAUGUUGUCCAGGACCUCCGCAGCGAUUUAAACACUGUAUGUGAUGCUUUAAGCAAAAUGAACCGAUAUUUAGGGAUUUGAUAUGUGUGGCACUGUGAUUUGCUGUCAGUUGCUCUUUCUGUGGCCAGUUAUGUCACAUGAGAUGUCUAACUUCUCAAACCCAUCAGUUUUCCCUUUGCAGCUUGGCCUGUGGCUUGCAUCAUUGUGUAGCUCUGUCUAAUUGUAAUGUGCAGAAAAAACAAGGCAAUACUAAUUUGUAAAUGCAAUACAGAAUGUGGCAAAAUAUAACCAUCAAUUCCUCAACACAGUGUCAUGUACAAGUAUACCAUUAAAAACUUACCUGGCAGUGGUUUUGUUUCCGUAAGAUGAUUCACUUCGAUGUUUAACAAAUGAUGUUGCUGAUUUUUUUAAGUCUUAUUUUAUGUCUUUAUAAUCCCUUUCCUUCCAUAAGAAUCCAUAAGAAAAAAUUACUUGCACCAUUUUCAUUUUGUUUGUAAGAGAAUCUGUAUUUCUUUCUAUAGUGGUGAAGACAUUGUUUUGUCCAUAUAUCUGUGAGAGAACUGCGUGUCUCUUGUGACUGAACAAUGCAAUUUAUAUACCAGUGCUGAGAUCAAGAGGGCUAUGUAUCGGUACUAAAAGAUCUGUGGGGAUUAUACAUUUCACAACUGACAAAAGUUCAAUGUGGCUGAGUAAUUGCAACACAAUAA